AUGGAUUUAAAUAAGAGUGGAAUACAUAGUAAACAAUUUUCUUUGAGUCAAAAUAAACAUAAUAAUGAGAGAUUACAGAGAUUAGAAAAAAGAUUGAGUGGGUUACAUUUUGGUAUAGAAUUGCAAAAAAAUGAAAAAAUUGAAAAACUAAAUGAAAAGGUCAACGUAUUAGAAGAAAAGUUAAUAGAAAUGCAUGAAAAUUCUAAUCGAACAUUUGAAAAAUUAAAUGAAAAGUUGAAUGAUAUUAGAAACGAUGUUAAUAAUUAUAAAUCUGAAUUAGAGGAAUUUAAAAAUGAACAUAAAAAAAAAUUAGAAAUUUUAGAGAAGAAAGCUGAUGAAUUCAUAAGCAAAGAAAAGGAAGAAUGGAAUAAACUCAAAACCAAAUUGAUAAAGGAUUUUCAAAAUAAAACUAGCUUAUUAAAAGAAGAAAUUAUUGAAGAAUAUGGAAUUUUUGAAGAAAAAGAAGAUUCACUAAGAAAAUAUUAUGAUUGUGAACUAAAUAAUUUGAAAUCAUUAGUUCAAAAUGAAAUAAACGAAAGGAUAAAAACAGAAAGAGUAAUUCUAAGAGAUGUAGAUGAAAAGAUAAAUGAAAUAAUGAAAAUAAUAAAAAAUGAAAAAGUGAAUAGAGAAAAUUAUUCGGAAAAUUUAGUAUCUCUCAUUGAACAAUAUUUUUCAAGAAUAAAAAAAGAAAUAGAUAAAGAGAGAUUAGAAAGGGAAGAUACUGAAGAAACUUUAGUUCAUCUAAUGGAGGAAGCAUUAGAUAAAAUAGGAAUACCAUUUGCAUAA